AUGGCUUUCCGUACUCAUGAAGGUCACUAUGAAUUUGUGGUAAUGCCUUUCGGCCUAUCUAAUGCUCCUUCUACAUUUCAAGCUUUGAUGAAUGAAUUGUUGAAAUCGCUUUUGUGUAAGGGUGUAUUAGUGUUCUUCGAUGAUAUCUUAAUUUACAGUAAAUAUCUGGAAGCUCAUCUCCGACACCUUGAAUCAGUUUUCUCCAUCCUCCGAGCACAUGAGCUGAAACUUAAGGAGUCUAAAUGUGUGAUUGCUCAACCAACUGUUCAGUAUUUAGGCCAUAUCAUAUCCAGUGAAGGAGUUUCGGCUGACCCAGAGAAGGUUGAGUGCUUAGUUAAUUGGCCCAAGCCCACUUCAGUUAAAGCCCUCAGAGGAUUUUUGGGCCUGGCGGGUUAUUACCGCAGAUUGCUGAAAAAUUUCGGGUUAAUCGCUAAACCUCUAAUAGAGCUUCUCAAGAAAGAUCAAUUCCUCUGGAUGCCACAAGCAGAGGCUGCGUUCUCUGCUCUCAAGCACGCGGUCACCAUCGCGCCUGUGUUGGCUCACCCCGAUUUCUCUCCCCGAUUUCAAGCUCCGGCAUCGGAGCGGUGCUAUCCCAAGAAAAGCGGCCGGUCGCAUAUCUCAGUAAAGCCUUGUCGGCUUCUCAACGCACUCUCUCCACAUAUGAGAAGGAGAUGA